UAUACAUUGUGUGAAUUUUGUAGUAUAAAAUGGAGCAUAUUUUUGAAACAAAAACACUUUACAUAAUGUUAAUCUUGUGUUUAAGUAGACUUAUAGUUUCUGUAAGAUCAGAAACAGUUGAAGAAAUGUCUGGGCCAAAAAGACAUAAAGGUAUCUUCCGUAAACAGUCAACAAAUAAAACAAUACCGUACAGUGAACAUCCAGGAAAGGAGCUCAUCAUCUUUGAUGUCGAUGAUACACUUUGGCCAUUUAAGGUAGAUAAGGAUCCAAGAUUCAAUGACCCUUUUACAAUAAAAAGCGGAGAGAAUAAUACGGCGAUUGUUAAUGGCCACAAGAUAGAGGCAUACCCUGAGGUUCAAGAGACCCUGCUAGAAUUGAUAGAGAAGGGUUAUGUGUUGGCAGCCGUAGCUUUGAGCAACAGCACUGACAAGGUGAUGGCGCUGAUGAACGCACUGGACCUCACCCAACACUUCAAGUACAUGGAGAUGGCAGAGGGACCGGACAAGAUGAGUUUGAUAACAGAGAUAUGUAAGAGAAGUGAGAUUCCACUAGAGGAUGUGUUGUAUUUUGAAAAAGACUGUGGACCAGAGAAUUGUAUGGAUAUGAUUUGGAAACAUGUAAUAAUUUAUUGUCUAAAAGAUGGGUUGAACAAAGAAACUGCAAGGAAAGGUCUUGUAGUGUAUAACAUUAGACCAAGGAAAGAAGCCAAACAUGGACCUCAGAAAGUUGAAGUGGUUGAGAAAACUAACAAAAACAAAUGUCGUCCAGCUUACGAAAAAGACGGAACUGAAAUAGAAGGGUGGGACUACAAUGCAACGAAGAUUGACUACUCGUGACCAUUACAAACAUCUCCUUUAAAAACUUCAACAAUAUAUAGUCUUACUGGUAACUAAUGUGUUUACAAAAGUUGUUUUUAAAAAGCAACGUUUUCAUACAAAUCACCUACAUGUUUACGUUCUAGGAUUCAAGAAAAUUCAGGAAUUAAAACAAAAAAUAUCAUGUUCAUUUUGUGCAAAUAUGAUAGAGAAGAUAUUCAUUUUAUGUUGGAUGAAGGAGUAUUCACCCUUCCUAUUGGCUUAACAGGAGUCAGCUAUCAGCUUAUGUGUGAUGCAUUAUAUGUAUUUCAAACAAGAAAAAUUUAUGCUGAAAUAAGUGAUGAUAAGCUGCCGACAACUACAGAAUCAAAAGUACAAAGAAAACUCAGGAGGAAGAAGGAAAAACUAGAGAGACGAGCGUUAAAGAAACAUGACAAAUCUUACACAUAGGCUGUGUGUCUUAUGCCUAAGCAUUAACAAGGUUUUUUUGCUAUUUAGCUGUGAUAAAAUAUUGUAAAUACUGUCAUAAAUAAAUGUAUUACAACAUUGAGUUAUUACAGAACAUUGAAACAUUACAAUUCAUCGUACAAAUCUCUUGUGUGAAAAAAAAAUUUAAAAGAAUCUAUCUUAUUUCCAAAAUUUUACCCAUAAUUCGCUCAUGGGUGCCAGAACCUGGAAAUCAUAAGUUAAAUCCAUACUGUAUAGAAAUAUUAUUUCCUCCUUUAUCCUUUGUAAGUGGGCAUUUUGAAAACAAAAUGUUGUGCAACAUUAAUUUAAUCUUUUUGGUUUGAUAUAUUUCUCUAUGCAGACACGUGGUUUAUAAGGUUUAACAAUGAUCACAUGUACAAACCUAAUGGAUGCAGUAGCUAGUUUAAUGGUGUUCUGAUUCCUAAACGCCACUUAGUUUACGGUAACUAAAUAUAGCAUAUCUGGUGUUUUCCUCUUUUAU